GUUCAAUGUCCGGUUCUCGUUCGCUGACAGUCGGCGGGACGUGACGUCACAAACUUCAAAAAAUCUAGCAGCUCUUUUACAUUCGGGCUGUCGAAAAUAGUGGUAGCGAGUGAUUUCCAACAGCAUCAAAAAUGGUUAAGGUCAAGUGCUCGGAACUCCGAACGAAGGACAAGAAGGAGCUGACCAAGCAGCUCGAGGAGCUCAAGACGGAGCUGCUCAAUCUGCGGGUGGCCAAGGUUACCGGAGGUGCUCCUUCUAAGCUGUCCAAAAUCCGAGUCGUUCGCAAAGCCAUUGCCCGCGUUUAUAUUGUGAUGAACACCAAAACGAAGGAAAAUCUACGCAAGCUCUACAAGGGCAAGAAGUACGUCCCGUUGGAUCUGCGCCCCAAGAAGACCCGCGCUAUGCGUAAGGCUUUGUCCCCCCGAGAUGCUGCUCGGCUGACGCUCAAGGAACAGCGCCGGCGUGCAAAGUUCCCCAAGAGAACCUACGCCGUGAAAGCCUAAUGCUAACGUUUUCCACUUGGUUGAAUAAACUAUUUUCUGCUAGGAAUUAAA